AUGGCGAGUUCUGGUCCUGCUCUGGCCACGAUAUACGCUAUUCCCGUCGUUCCAACAUUGGCGACCACCGAAGUAAAUGCCAUUCCAACCGCCAUAGUUGCAGCUACGGGCGUGCCUUCGGCCCCUCGCAACACCGUCACAUACGGGUCUCCCGCAAGCUCAACGUCAACAACAAAAGCUGCUCCAGCAUCGUCGUCAGCUUCGACUUUACCAAUAGGUGCAAAAAUUGCAAUUGGAAUUUCUAUCCCUCUGUUCUUUCUGGCUCUUAUUUUCGGCCUAUUUCUUAUGUUUCGACGUCGCAAGCAAAAGAUACUGGGACCCUCCAAAGAACCAGAAUACGAUCUCACCUUUUCUCCCGCACCUACACAUACAACUUUCAUGGACAAAGAUAAGGAACGUCUGGCCGGUCAUGUGGACAGUCGUGCAGAGACUCUAAACAAUAGUCGCAUGGCAAGCCGCCUCGAUAGUCGAAGCAAUAGCAGAAUGGGAAGCCACCAUACCGAAAGUAGAAGUGGCAGUCGACAAGAAAGCCAUCUAGAAUCCCGCAUCGGCAGUCCGCACAGUUUCUACAAUCCCAACAUGAGUCCUCCACCAAGCCAACAAAGUCACUAUAUCGCCGAACUCCCAUCUCUAGGCUUGAAAUCGCCCACAGAAAAUCGCUAUCAAACUUAUCCAAUCCACGAGCUCGGACCUGGGAAAGAAAAUGGAGCAGCUGACGAUGAAUCUCUUGCGGACUCGAUGAAUGGUCCAAUUGUCUACGAAAUCGUCGAGUUGCCAGAUACAUCCCGAAGAAGUAUCAAAAAUUGGCAUCGAAACCCAUCUAACGCAUCCACUCGGUCUCGACCAACAAUACGAGACGUGGGCGAACGAAGGACGACGGUACCAGUCCCACCAGUUCCUGAGGAUGAUGCAGGUGAGUGGUCGUGGCUCCAACCAACAACGCCCGAGGCCACCAAAGCAAGUUUCAUCUAA